CAUGAAAACUAUUACUAUCUUGUGUAAUCUCACUUCUAAUUAGCAAAAUAAAUUUAGGUCCGGUCCUUUUCACUCAGUGUGUCAACAACCAGUUUACAGUUUACUGCACUUUGGUAUUCUUUGUUAUAAAAUUAGGAAUAUUUUAUAUAUUCCUCCAUUUACUUAUAGUUCAUAAUAAAUCAGAAGUCUCGCAUUUACAGAAAUUAGCUUACUUCCAUGUUGCAAACUUGAUAGAUAGAGUCUGGUGGUGAAAAUGUUACAAAGCCAUUUCUAAGCCUCCACUGAACCAAAAGUCAAAUUGUCCAAAUGUAUACACAGUUUGCAAUAGUCAAUCUUAAAUAGUUUAAAGUGGUCAUGACAUGAGAAAUUGAACCUGCCUUGAUCUUUUGGCAUAAAAAAGGUUUUUCUUACCAUUAAAACAUCCCACAGGUUUUAUAGCUUAAAACGUCCUUCUCAUUAUAAACAAAGCAUUUAUUUAAUCAAGCUCAAAAAAACAGCUCGUUUGGAUCUGAGGUGCAAGGUGACGUCACAAACAAAUGCACAAACAUUUGCAUAAACACUGCCUCCAGAGCAAGAUAUCGACGAAUAGUCUGCUUCUUACCAUAGACCUCGCCCACUGCCAUUCAUUCGCUUCACUUGAUUAUGCUGAAUGCGAGUGUUGUGUCAUGUUGCGUCAAAAACAAAAAGGGGACUGAGCUGCAAACAGUGAUUCCUGGUAUUCAAGCAUUUUAAGGCAUUUAAGCACAUAUGAAAAAGACAUUUAGCAAGCCUGUAACCACCUAAAUCAAUGAUUUAAAAAACAUUUUUAGCAAAUCCAGGUAAUUUACCACAGAAAUAUUUUGUAACAUUUAUGUCUGUUAUAGCACCAGCUGUGGUCUGAUCUCCUUAAAACUUUGCAUGCUUGUUUAGAAUCAGCUGUCACAUGUGCUUACCAAGUUUAGUAAAGUUUUGAGUUUUCCUUUAGGCUUUGUAAGAUUUUGGGUAUAUUUGGAUAGGCCCCUUUACUAAACAACCCGUUAUAACUUCCCAAAAGGUAAAUUUCAACAUUUUUUGAUAAUUAUUGUUCUAGAGAGUCCAGAGAAUUACAUUGCAGUGGUUUUCCAGAUUGAGCAACUAGUUUGUAAAAGUAGGUUUUUACAUCUUCUCAGUCAUUUAACAAACAAUUUGAUUGACAGCAGUGGUUCUAGAGCCAAAGUUGUCCAGAAUGAGGCCUCAUUAAAAAAACGCAGAAUUGUUUACGGGCUUGAAAAAUGCAAUAUAACCCUCCCAAUAUAACAACUGCAUUAAACUAUUAAACUAUUAAACUAUUAAACUGCAUUUUGGAAGUUCAAAAUCGGGGCACCAUAUCAGUCCAUUAUAUGGAGAAAAAUGCAGAAAUGUUUUCCUCAACAAAACAUAAUUUCUUUACGACUGAAGAAAGAAAGACCUGAACAUCGUGGAUGACAAGGGGGUGAGUAAAUUAUUUCUAAAUUGUUGUUCUGGAAGUGGACUCCUCCUUUAAGCUGUUAGUUUAUAGCUUAUCUUGCAAAGAAUGGUCGUCCUGCCAAAAUUUGACCAAGAGGAAGGCAAAAAAUAAUUCUGAGUCACCAAAAACCCUAGAGCAACUUCUACAGAUCUUCAACCCUCUCUUGCCUUUUUCAUAAAAAUAACUGGUCAAAAACAGUGGUACUAGUUUGAUGGUUUGGAAAUGUUUAGCUGCAUCAGUACCUGGAUAUCUUGACAUCAUAUAAAUUCUGCUCUGUACCAGAAGAUUAUUCAGGAGAAUGUAAAGAUGCCUGUUUCUUAACUUAAGAUGAAGCCCGGCUGGGACGUGCUCCAAAACAAUGAUCCCUAAAGAAAACUCAACUUCUGUCCAGUCACAUUCCAGAAUUAAACCCCAACAAAGUGUGGUUGAAGUGGGAAGAUCUGAAAGGCACAGUUCACGCUUCAACACCUACAAAUGUCACUGAGCUGAAGCAGCUCUGCAAGCAGGAGUGAGCCAAAAUUCCUCUAUUAUAAAUAACUACAGGAAACAUUUGGUAGCAGUUAUUGCUGCUAAUGGGGGUGCAACCAGAUACUGGUCACACCUCCAUUAACAGCAUUAACUGCAUAUAGCGCUGAAUGUUUUAUAAACACCUUUAAUGGAUGCAUGAAAGAUUUAACUUGUUGUGUUGUUGUUUAUGGAUAAAGAUCUGAUGAUAAAUCAGAAGGGGGCAAAAACUUGUUCUCACCACUGUUCUGGACAGUUUUCUGUUUAUUUCUCCUGCCUUUUGAAUUUUUCUCAUGAGAUGGCACACAUACCUCCUCUUACGUCAGCGUCAGGGUCAAAUCACUCUCCGGGAGCUUAUUGUUACAAAUGUGACGUUUUGGCAUUCAUCAGAAGAUAUCAUGUGUCGGUCUAGACCUUGUGAUGUAUAUUCCAAGUAAAUACUGGAGCCAAUCAGAAGACAGAUCUCCUGAGGGUAAUCUUAAGCAGGAGGGAGGGCAUAGAAUCCCCUUGUGACCCAACUCGGGCAGUGAAGGGCUCAAAGGAGCAAUGGCCACCAAGCAGUCACAUCUCGCAGAAGACCUGUCAUGCCCCAUCUGUGGAAGUAUCCUGCAAAAACCCGUAGUGCUGUUUUGCAGACAUCGCUUCUGCAAAGUUUGUCUGGAGAGCCUGUGGAAUAGUGGAGGAUCUUGCGAAUGCCCCCUCUGCUGUCAGCCAUCAUCUAUGGGGGAGCUCAUAGUCAACACCACGCUUGAGAAGACCUGCGAGGGUUUUCUGGAGCGCCGCAAAAACGACCCUCUUGCGUGCAAGGAGCAUGGUGAGACCUUGUCACUGUUUUGCUUGGAGGACUUGGAACCCACUUGUAGCAAAUGCAAGUCCUCUGCCAACCAUAAGGGUCACAGGUUAUAUCCCUUAAAUGAAGCUUCACAUGACUGUAAGGAGGAACUCAAAAAUGCUUUGAAACCACUUCAGGAAAAAAUGAAGCUCUUCCACAAAGCAAAACUCACUUGUGAGCAAACGAUAGAUCAUAUUAAGAGUCAGGCAGAAAACACAGAGAGGAAGAUACGAGAGGAGUUUGAGGCGCUGCACCAGUUCCUGCGAGACGAGGAAGCGUCCAGACUUUCCAUGCUAAAGCAAGAGAAGGAGGAGAAGAGGCAGAUGAUGAACGAUAAGAUUGAAGAUUUGGAGAAUGACAUCACUUCACUUAGCAACAUUAUAAGAACUGUUGAACAGGAGAUGAGAUCUCAGGAUGUACCGUUCCUCAAGAAUUAUAAAGACACCAUAAAGAGAACCUGGCGUAUUCCACAGGAUCCAGAGAUGAUAACAGGUUCACUACUUGAUGUAGCCAAACAUCUGGGAUCAUUAAAGUUUAAAGUCUGGGAAAGAAUGAUGGAAAUCAUUCAAUAUACUCCAGUGACUCUUGAUCCAAACACCGCGGCAAGCUGCUUCCUCCUGUCAGAGGAUCUGACUACAAUACAGUGCUGUUCCCAGACAUUUAAACUUCCAGAAAACCCUGAGCGGUUCGAUAUAGGUGCAGAGGUGCUGGGCUACGAAUGCUUUAGCUCUGGGCGACACAGCUGGGAAGUGGAGGUCAAAAACAACACCUACUGGGUCAUUGGAGUUGCAAGCGGAUCCAUCAGCCGCAAAGGAAAGCACGUGUUGACCCCUGCAGAGGGAUUCUGGACCAUCAGGCUACGAAACGGAGAAUAUAAAGCCUGUACUGCCCCAUGGUCCCCGCUCACUAUGACUAAGGAGCCACAGGUGGUGAGGGUUGUACUGGACAUGAACAGGUCCAGGGUGACUUUCUACGACCCACGAGAGAGAACGCCUCUAUUCACCUACACGGACAUCAGCACUCUGAGAGCAUUCCCAUACUUUUGCAGUGCCUGUAAGGAACAUCCAUUAAAAGUGCUGCCAGGGUGGAUCUCUAUUAAGACAGACUGAUGUAAAGAACAGUCCCUCUCAGCAUUUCUUUCCUCAGCAAGUCUCACCUCUCACGUUACACAUGUGGGUGAGCUAGGAUGGAAAUAACCACCAGUUACACUUGUUUUGGAUUUUAAAAACCUGAUAUUUAAUCUGGACAGAUGACGGCGUUUUAGUGCCACGUAAAAAAAAAAAAAAAAUCUAACAUUACGAGAUUAAAGUCAAAAUAUUAUGAGAAUAAAGUCAAAAUGUUUCAAGAAAAAGGUCCAAAUCUUUUGAGAAUAAAGUCAAACUGUUUCGAGAAUAAAGUAGGAAUGUUUUGAGAAUAAAGUCAAACUGUUUCGAGUAUAAGGUCGGAAUGUUUCGAGAAUAAAGUCAAAAUGUGCGAGAAUGAAGUCAGAAUUUUUUGAGAAUAAAAUCGGAAUGUUUCGAGAAUAAAGUCGGAAUGUUUUGAGAAUAAGGUCAGAAUGUUUUGAGAAUAAAGUCGGAAUGUUUUGAGAAUAAUGUCAAACUGUUUCGAGAAUAAGGUUGAACUGUUUCAAAAAUAAGGGCGAACUAUUUCAAGAAUAAAGUCGGAAUGUUUUGAGAAUAAAGUCAAAAUGUGCGCGAAUAAAGUCGGAAUGGUUUGAGAAUAAAGUCGAACUGUUUUAGGUAUAAGGUUGGAAUGUUUCAAGAAUAAAGUCUAACUGUUUUGAGAAUAAAGUCGGAAUGUUUUGAGAAUAAUGUCAAACUGUUUCGAGAAUGAGGUUGAACUGUUUCAAAAAUAAGGUCAAACUGUUUUGAGAAUAAAGUCGGAAUGUUUUGAGAAUAAAGUCAAAAUGUGCGAGAAUAAAGUCAGGAUGGUUUGAGAAUAAAGUCGAACUGUUUCAAGUAUAAGGUCGGAAUGUUUCAAGAAUAAGGUCAAAAUGUUUCAAGAAUAAAGUCAAACUGUUUCGAGAAUAAAGUAGAAAUUACGAGAAUAAAGUAGAAUAAA